UUCCAAACUCCCAACAUGUCUGGUAACCCAUUCCGGGCAUCCCUCGUCCCCCAAUACCCCGCCGCACCGCCGAGCAGCUCCAAUGAUACAGACAGCGGAACACCUCAGGCUCGCCCUGAUCGCGGCGGCGAUGCUGUGCUCGACUCGACUUCCAUGCCUUCCACCAAGACAAAGAAAUCCGUCCGCAUAGAAUCCCCCACUGAGACCAUACCUCCGCAUCCGGGCUUCUACGAUGCAGAUAGCCCUCCCCAUUUCCCUUCAUUAUCCGAUAUAGACAAUGCAUAUCUACCGGCGGCCUCCGCUGCGCAAAAAACACAGGUCGCUUCCUCGAGUAGCUCACAGGGCGAUGGAGUAGGCGACGGAUCAGACCCACGACAGUUUUCGAGUCGCGCCAUGACAGAUGCUUCAACUGCAUACUUCGAUGCCCCUGGAAUCAAGAAAUCAUCGCGGGGUGCUCCACCGAAUCCGUUCGCGAAGACUUUGGCGCAUAUUGAGCCUCAACGUAUGGUCGGCGGAGAGCUGGAAGAACCGAACAAAGAUCGAAUAAGCGGGGGUGAAGCAGCAUCAAAAGCUUCAAGGACGACAUUAGACGUAGAGAGCUUCAAGAACAUGCUCAUGACUGGCAUAUCCGGGAGUCCGCGAGAUUCCGGUCCACCACCACCACCACAGAACGCACUUGCCGCGAACUCUAUCAGUGCCCCCGUUUUGGAAAGCAGCAGCACAGACACUUCGUCCACAUCCCGACAAUCUAUAUUUGAAUCCGUUCAAGAAUCACACCCCGAAUCACCACAUACGAUUAUGGCGGCUUCGGAUGACGAGCAAGUUGCCUUGAUGGCGGAACUUGGCAGCAAGAAGGAGAAGAGGAAAUCCCUGCCGCCGCCGGCCCCAAAACGACGACAUGGAAAACCAGUCGUGGCUUCGAGGACUCCGGAAACCGUUUCAUUUGAAGGGUUUGCUGUGACGCAGCCUACGGCUACUUCUCCGCCGGCUGUCAAGAAGAGCGAUUCUGAUACGAGCAAACCGCUUCCGCCCACACCACCAACUGUAUCGUCAUCACCGUAUAUUGUUUCGCAGCAUAGUGCAUACAAUGCAUCGGAUAGCAAAAAAACAGAGACUGCGAGUCUAUCCGACGCGACUCCUGCGGCUCAAAAGAAAGUGCCACCCCCUGUGCCGCUUGCUCGAAGACAUUCUCAGCUACGGAACCCAACGGCAGGAACCAGGUCACGGAGCAAUUCAUCCUUAACGAUGACAUCUCAGCACUCAGCCGAUUUUCCCAUCAGUCCAAGCGUCAAGGAAGAACACACAUCAACACCAGUCCAAAAGGCACCGCCUCCCCCUCCGCCCACAAGACAUAGAGGAUCAGCAAUACCGGCACUUGGAACAUCUAGCGCAAGUUCUUCGUUGACAGAUGUAUCUACAACUGGAACUGUACGCCGACCCCCCGUCACAUCUCCUAAUCCUCCUUCCUCCCGACGCACGACCGUAUCAUCCGAUCCACCAUCACCUAAAGCAAGUCUUGGUCGAACAUCGUCAGUGCACUCAACCCGCAGUAGCCAACGCAUCGUCUCAAAUGAAAGCGCUAGCUCCGCAAUGCCACCACCCCCUCCACCUCCCCGCCGACGCCAAUCUGGACGCACCCCCUCCGAUAAUCAACAACCACCCAGUAACCCCAGCUCUCCUAUCCUUGAAACCAGGCGCUCAAGCACCGAGUACAAACCCUCCAGCCCAGACAGCAAAAGACGUACCAGCGUAGCCAGCGAGAGCUCCCUAAAGUACGAGUACGCGCCCGCUGCUGCUGCCAUCGACAAUGAACAUCCUCUAUACUCACCACAGGAAGAGGAGAGCGAGGACAAAGUAGGUAUGGACCAAGCGCUAGACCACUCGGCGAAUAGGAACAGCAUUCUGGACGAUAUGGCUCAGUUUCAGAAGGAAAUCGAGGAGUUGAGGGAGCGGUAUCAUCAUGCAGCUUAG